AUGGAACCAAAGGCAGGAGACGCCGUAACCCCCUCGCCCGCCACUUCGAACAAGCCUGUCGUCUGUGUCUUCUGCGGUGCCUCCGGAGGCAACUCCCCCGCUCAUCUUGCCGCCGCUCGCGAACUCGCCCAAGCCCUCCAUGAGAACAACAUGAAACUGGUAUACGGAGGUGGCACUGUCGGCAUAAUGGGCGAAGUCGCCAAGACUCUGGUCUCCCUGGCCGGUCCGGACGCUGUCCACGGUAUCAUUCCCGAGGCUCUUGUCAAGUACGAGCGCGACUACAAGGAAGGCGCACCCCUGGAUUCCGUUAUUGACGAGUCAACCUUUGGUCGCACCACCGUUGUCGCAGAUAUGCACUCGCGCAAGCAAGCCAUGGCUCGCGAGGUCAUCGAUGGCGGUGAGGGUGGUGGCUUCGUCGCACUCAGUGGAGGCUAUGGCACCAUGGAAGAACUCAUGGAAGUCACCACCUGGAACCAGCUGGGUAUUCACGCCCGUGGCGUCAUCGUCUUCAAUGUCGAGGGCUACUACGACGGCCUUCUCCAAUGGGUGCGCACUGCCGUCAAGAGCGGCUUCAUCGCAAACAACAACUCCAACAUCAUGAUCGAAGCCAAGACUGGUGCCGAAUGUGUUGAAUCGCUGAAGAACUACCAAAACGCUGAAGGUAGAAUGAAGUUGGAGUGGAACCAGAAAUGAUCUCACACCUAACAACAUUCUCACCUAUUGCCAUGUCAGCAGCAUGGAGCCAAGAAACCGGCUAUCAUGCCUAAUCGUCCAGUACAAGCUUCGCUCGCUGUCGUCACCGAGCAAUAUACCGCUGGUCAUUGCAUCUCCAUCAGGAUAUUACACUGACGCCGUUCGGCCGUAAGGGCUUGCCAAGUACGAGAUCGAUGCAUACCGAUGGACGCCUAAACCUGAACUGAAUUCUAGAGAGCCGUGCUCACGGAUAGAAUGCUACAUGUAGAUGCAUCCCAAAGCCACAAGCAUAUAGACGCCACGAGAAAUACAGAACUAGAUUCGACAGAAAGUAUGCAGUCCGAACGUGAAGGCCCAACCCAAGCACGACAUUUGAACGCCCUUUCUAUCGGGAUCCAGGUU